AUGCCGUGCUCCGCCGGGUGCGUGGGGCGGGUGGGUCGAGCGGGGCUCGUGCCGCGCCGGACUCUGAGGUUGAGUGGUGCGCGGGCGCCCGUGGCGCGCGCAGCGGCCGCUGAGCAGGGAUCGCAGCGGGGGCCGGCAGGGCCCUCUAAUCCGCAGGAGCAGCUCUCCCAGCGACAGUACGACGCGUUCAUGGCGGAUUACAAUCUGUGGGUUAAGGAGUCGGCUGCCCGGACCAUGGAGGACUACAAGGCGGAGAAGGACGUGCUGUUCCGACGAACGGCGAAGUUUGGCGGCGGACUAGCACUGUACAUUGCACUCGUCGUCUCCCCGGAGUCGGCCUUGUGCACGCUGUGCGGCCUCGCGGGAUCUCUCGCGUACCUUCAGCUGCUCUACCUCGACAUCGACGGCGUCAAGGGGGACGACCCUACGCCCAUCUUCGACGUCGAAGAGAACGUCCCCGCCGGGCCCCUUCGGAUCGUGAGCAAGGUAGCGGUCGGCCUGACGUACUCGCUGAACCGUCGGCUGCUCGUCCCAGCCGCACUUGCGGCGGGCUGCUGGGCCUUCAACGAAGCCGCGGCGCCGGACGCGUACCACCUGAGCCUGGUCGACGAGGGCUGUGUGCUCGGGGGCUUCCUGGCAUACAAGGCGUCGCUCGUGGUCGAGCUGUACAACGCGUACAAGCCCCGCGUGAAGACGAUGGAGGAGAUCCGCGGGCCCGGGCCGCGGCCGGUGAUUCAGAACGACCUGGAGGACAUUGAUGAUUUGGGAAUCGAGUACAAGGACGAGCGAGUCAAGAAAAUCAAGUUCUGA